AUGUGCCACCCACCCAAGCAAAGGGGAUCCAUAACUUUACAGAGGAACAUCGUCAUCUAUAGUGACAACUUUACACUGACCCCAGCUAUUGGUGCUAAUCAGAAUUUCAUAGUGCAAUCUCUGGGUGCAAUUCACAAGCAUUGUGCAAUGUGCGUGGUAACUGGUUCUGGUGUGGUUCACAAAGUCUCCAUAUCCUCUACAUCAUCUCCAGUCCCUCCACACAGUCUCCAGUCCCUGCACACCGUCUCCAGUCCCUCCACACUGUCUCCAGUCCGUCCACACAGUCUCCAGUACCUCCACACCGUCUCCAGUCCCUCCACACUGUCUCCAGUCCGUCCACACAGUCUCCAGUACCUCCACACAAUCUCCAAUCUCCACACAUUCUCCAGUCCCUCCACACAGUCUCCAUUCCCUCCACAGAGUCUCCAGUCCCUCCAAACAGUCUCCAGUCCCUCCACACAGUCUCUAGACCCCACAGUCUCCAGUCCUCCACACAGUCCCAGUACCUCCACACAGUUUGCAGUCCCUCCACACAGUCUCCAGUCCUCCACACCGUCUCCAGUCCCUCCACACUGUCUCCAGUCCCUCCACAGAUCUCCAGUCCCGCCACACCGUCUCCAGUCCCUCCACACUGUCUCCAGUCCUCCAUCGUCACCAAACCCUCUACACAGUCUCCAGUUCCUCCACACCGUCUCCAGUCCAUCCACACCGUCUCCAAUCUCCUCCACACUGCCUCCAGUCCCUCCACAUCGUCACCAAUCCUCUACAGCCCAGUCCCGCCACACCGUCUCCAGUCCCAGUCCCUCCACACUCUUUAGUCCCUCCACACAGUCUCGAGUCCCUCCACAUAGUCUCCAGUCCCGCCACACCGGCUCCAGUCCCUCCACACUGUCUCCAGUCCCUCCACAACGUCACCAAUCCCCACAGUCUCCAGUCCCACACCGUCUCCAGUCCCUCCACACCGUCUCCAGUCCCUCCACACUGUCUCCAGUCUCUCCACAUCGUCACCAAUCCCCCACACAGUCUCCAGUCCCGCACACCGUCUCCAGUCCCUCCACACUUUCCAGUCCCGCCACACCGUCUCCAGUCCCUCCCCACAUCACCAACCCUCACACAGUCUCCAGUCCCGCCACACCGUCUCCAGUCCCGCCACACCGUCUCCAGUCCCUCCACAUCGUCACCAAUCCCUCCACAGUCUCCAGUCCUGCCACACUGUCUCCAGUCCGUCCACACAGUCUAGUCACUCCACACCGUCUCCAGUCACCCAACACUGUCUCCGGUCCGUCCACACUGUCUCCAGUCCUCCCAUUCGUCACAUCCCCACACAGUCUCCAGUCCUGCCACACCCCCAGUCCCUCCACACCGUCUCCAGUCCUCCACACUGUCUCCAGUCCCUCCACACGUCACCAAUCUCUAAACAGUCUCCAGUCCCGCCACACCGUCUCCAGUUCCGCCACUGCUCAGUCCCGCCACACCGUCUCCAGUCCCUCCACAUCGUCACUCCCCCACACAGUCUCCAGUCCUGCCACACUGUCUCCAGUCCGUCCACACAGUCUCCAGCACCUCCACACUGGUUCCACACUGUCUCGGUCCGUCCACACUGUCCAGUCCUUCCACACCAAUCCCCUACAGUCUCAGUCCCACACACCGUCUCCAGUCCCUCCACACUGUCUUCAGUCCCUCCACACACUGAGUCCUCCACAUCGUCACCAACCCCCACACAGUCUCCAGUCCCACACCGUCUCCAGUCCCGCCACACCGUCUCCAGUCCCUCCAGUCCUCCACACGUCUUCCAGUCCGUCCACACAGUCUCCAGUCCUUCACACGUCUCAGUCGCUCCACACUGUCUCCAGUCCGUCCACACACUCCAGUACCUCCACACCGUCUCCAGUCCUCCACACUGUCUCCAGUCCCUCCACACAGUCUCCAGAUCCUCCACACCCUCCAAACCCCCACACAGUCUCCAGAUCCUGCACACAAUCUCCAUUCCCCACACCGUCUCCAGUCCCUCCACACCGUCUCCAGUCCUCUACACAACUCCAGUCUCCACAUAGCUCCAGUCCCUCCACACUGUCCCAGUCCCUCUACACAAUUUCAGUCCCUCCACAUAGUCUCCAGUCCUCCACCCGUCUCAAUCCCUCCACACAGUCUCCAGUCCCCACACAAUCUCCAGUCCCUCUACACAAUCUCCAGUCCUCCACACAGUCUCCAGUCCUUCUACACAAUUCCAGUCCCUCCACCCCGUCUCCAGUCCAUCCACACCGUCUCCAGUCCCACACGAUGUUUCCAGUCCCUGCACACAGUCUCCACAUCUCCACACCGUCCCAGUCCUCCACACACUGUCUCCAGUCCGUCCACACCGUCCCAGUCCCCUCACACAAUCUCCAGUCCCUCCACACCGUCUCCAGUCCAUCCACCUCUCCAGUUCUCCACACAGUCUCCAGUCCAUCCACACAGUCUCCAGUGCCUCCACAAAGUCUCCAAACCUCCAUAUCGUCUCAGUUCCUCCACACGUCUCCACCUCCCACCGUCUCAAACCCUCCAACCGUUCCAGUCCCUGCACACAGCCGCCAGUCCUCUACACAAUCUCCAAUCUCUCAAACAGUUCCAGUCCCUCCACACAGCUCCAGUCCCUCCACACAGCCGCCAGUCUCUCCACACAGUCUCCAGUCCCCUACACAAUCUCCAAUCUCUUCUCCAGUCCCUCCACACCGUCUCCAGUCCCUCCACACAGCCGCCAGUCCCUCCACACAGCAGGCCAGUCCCUCCACACGACCACCAGUUCCUCCACACAGCGCCAGUUCUCUCCACAUAGCCAGGCCCUCCACACCGUCUCCAGUCCUCCACACAGUCUCACAAACAGCCACCAGUCCUCCACGUAGCCACCAGUCCCACCACACCGUCCCAGUUCCUCCACACAGCCACCAGUCUCACACAGCCACCAGUCCUCCACACCGUCUCCAGUCUUCACACCGUCUCCAGUCCCUUCACACCGUCUCCAGUCCCUCCUCCGUCUCCAGUCCCUCCACCGUCUCCAGUCCUCCACACCGUCUCCAGUCCUCCACACCGUCUCCAGUCCUCCAACUGUCUCCAGUCCCUGCACUCCGGCUCCAGUCCCUCCACACUGUCUUUAGCCCCUCCACCCGUCUCCAGUCCUCCAUACCUGUCUCCAGUCCCUCCACACAGCCACCAGUCCCUCCACCCCGUCUCCAGUCCCUCCCCAACAGCCAGCAGUUCCUCCACUCCGUCUCCAGUUCCUCCACACCUCCAGUCCCUCCACACCGUCGCUAA